AUGCAUGAAAAUAUCAGUAAGCAGCUCUACCUUAUUUGUUUCCCUGGUGUGGCGUGGGGUUUGCCACCGGCUUCUGCUUAUUUAUUAGACUUGUUGGGAGGCGCACAGUGCUCGCAGUUGACGUCGUUCGCUUUAAAUAGCGCCCAUUGGGUAGUGAAACGAGAUCCAGAACCAUGUCCGUGGAACCUUGAUCUUACUGUAGCACGUAAGGGGUGCAGGGGCUGUCCCAGAGACCACAUAUGCUGUCUCUCUGAUGGUGGAGAAGUCUGUAUCCCUCCUCUUUUCCAAAAGCCAGGAUUUUGUCCACACAGGCACUGGGACUUUGAACAUUGUGGUGAUUUGUGCUUUUGUGACGGUGACUGCCCCAACAAAGAGAAGUGCUGCUCCACCGGAUGUGGACAUAUGUGCAUGGCUCCAGUCCUAGACGAUUGCCCGAGGCACCUUAAUCUUGCUCUAGCACGUAAGGGGUGCAAGGACUGUCCCAGAGACCACAUAUGCUGUGUCUGCCUUGGUGAAGAAGUCUGUGUCCCUCCUGUUUCCAAAAAGCCAGGAGUGUGUCCUCGCAGGUGCUUGGACUUUGGAAAUUGUGCUGAAUCUUGCUCUUGUGACAGCGACUGUUCCGAUCAUGAGAAGUGCUGCUCCAAUGGAUGUGGACAUGAGUGCAUGCCUGCAGUCAUAGAAUACUGCCCAUGGUGCCAUAAUCACGUUCCAUCGCCUAAGGGCUGCAGUAAUUUUCCUAGAGAUCACAAGGAUGAAAAGCCAGGAGUGUGUCCUCGCAAGCGCCCGGACUUUGGACACUGCACUAAAUUCUGCUCUUGUGACAGUGACUGCCCCAAGAACGAGAAAUGCUGCCCCACCAAAUGUGGACAUGAGUGCAUAGCUCCGGUCCUAGUGAAGCCAGGACACUGUCCUCGUAGUCGACAGACCUCUAAACGCUGUGCUGAGUUUUGCUCUAAUGACAGCGACUGCCCCGAUAAUGACAAGUGCUGCUCCAAUGGAUGUGGACGUGAGUGCAUGGAGCCCCAGAUAGUGAAGUCGGGAGUGUGUCCUCGCAGGCGCUUGGGCUACGGACGGUGUGCCGAGUUUUGCUCUAAUGACGGUGACUGCCCCGAUAAAGAGAAGUGCUGCUCCAAUGGAUGUGGACAUGAGUGCAUGGCGCCGUACGUAGUGAAGCCUGGCCGCUGUCCUCUGCCUGACACCACCCCCAUGUGUGCUGAGUACUGCUAUCAUGAUGGUCAGUGUCCAGGAGAGCAAAAAUGCUGCAGGACAACCUGCGGCCAUGCCUGCACUGAGCCCUGCUGAUUACAAAGUAACCAGUCACUCUGCUUUAAACAUCAGUAAACAUCUCCCUGUGCUCUUAAAUUCGAUGCAGUAUUUUUUCUUUUAUUAUGAUUAAGACUUUUCAUUUCCAAUGAUAAUCAUGUCUUUUUAAAAAAAAAAACAAAAAACUGACAAAUCUUUCCUACAGAGAAAAAGUGGUUUGUUUGCAUCUUUUCUUGUUUACGUGUUAUCUUACUUCAGUGUGGAAAAACACCACGUAUCUGUUCCAUUUCUAAUUAAAGGGUUAGGCUA